AUGGAUUCUGAUCAAUUGCAACAAGGAUUGCGACCGAUUCUGGGAACCGGCUUAGACCUCGCGUACCAGAAAUUUCGACACGUCACCGGAAAUGGCCAUUCUGCCCCCGCGACGGAUGGAACCUCCCCCCGCAAGCACCGGCCUUCGUUGAGCAAGAAAUCGACCGCACGACCGCCUAUGUACCCCCCCGCGGCGUUGACCAGCCAGACCUCGAGCGUCGCAACGGAGCCUGUAACCCGCGAUGAAAAGGACUAUAAUCUGAAGAACGGCGAUGAGGAUCCUCAAAGCAUCCUGUUCUACCAGGUGUACGAGUGGUUGCGACGUGAACAGUCGAAGCGCAGGAACCCCAAGGUGAAGUCCUUUGGACAAACCGAUGGGGCUGGCAGCGACGGAGACGACGAGGACGAGGAGGCCAUCGUAGAUGGGUACCCUCUGGAAAGAACCGUUUCUCCUGGGUCGGAAAAUGGCAUAGCUUUGGACCGGUUGGAGAAAAUCCUCCUUCAGUUCGCCGCGACUCGCAACGAGACCAGCGCGUCUGAGCAACCCACCCAGCGCUCAGGCCGUCGACGUCAUCGGUCCAAGGGUCUGCGGAGAGGGUCUGCAUCGGAGUCCGAUCAACCGGACCUGGACUCGGCCACCCCAAGUGUGGAUGCGGUGCUAGACAACUCCAAGACACUCGCAUACAGCGGUGGUGGCGCAGAUGACGAGGAAAGUGAGAGCGGCGAUGAUGCUAGGCGAUCCAAGGACCGGGAAGCGUGGACGGUGUUCAAAACCGAGAUCAUGCGCCUGACCCAUACGCUGCAACUCAAGGGGUGGCGUAAGCUCCCCAUGGAAUAUGCCGGUGAUAUGGAAGUCGUUCGACUGAGUGGUGCAUUGACCAACGCGGUCUAUGUGGUCACUCCGCCGCAAAACAUCCCCGCGCCCAAGGCCGAAGAUGGGUCGUACACUCUUGUGCCGCGGAAGCCCCCAUCCAAGCUCCUACUGCGCAUCUACGGCCCUCAGGUGGAUCAUUUGAUUGAUCGCGAAAAUGAACUGCAGAUUCUUCGCCGGCUCGGGAAGAAAAACAUCGGACCGAAAGUGCUUGGGACGUUCAUCAACGGUAGAUUUGAAGAAUACUUCAAUGCCCGUCCAUUGACCUUUGAAGAUCUAAGGGAUCCCGCCACCAUGAAAAAGAUCGCCAAGCGUAUGCGAGAGCUCCACGAAGGCAUUGACUUGCUGGAGGAAGAGAGAGAGGGCGGACCGAUGGUGUUCAAGAACUGGGACAAAUGGGUUGAUCGCUGCGAGAAAGUUACCAACUGGUUGGACAAAGAGAUCAGCUCCAAGACCAACGAGAUCAAGGCAGUCUCGGAACCGUGGAGACGUCGAGGAUUCGUUUGCGGAGUGCCAUGGCCUACCUUCAGGAAAGCUGUGGAGAACUACCGCCAGUGGCUCGUCUCCAGCCACGGCGGGAUUGACGAGAUCAAGCGGCAGCUGGUCUUCGCUCAUAACGAUACUCAAUAUGGUAACCUUCUGCGGAUGGAACCUAGUUCCGAAUCGCCGCUGCUUCGUCCGGAAAAUGAGCACAAGCAGCUGGUGGUCAUUGAUUUUGAGUAUGCUUCGGCGAACACUCCAGGAUUUGAAUUCGCCAACCAUUUCACGGAAUGGUGCUACAAUUAUCACGACGCAGAACGGUCCUGGGCAUGCAACAACAAGGCCUUCCCCACGCCGGAGCAGCAACAUCGCUUCAUCAGCGCCUACUUGACCCAUCGACCGGCUUUGGCCGGGCAGGCCUCGCCUUCUAUCACUCCGCUCAUGCGGGGAAUGUCUUCGACCAGCACGUCCAUGACACCGCUGAGCCUGGACGAUGGUCCGAACAUGGAUGCACAAAUCCAGGCCGAUGCCGAGAAAGCCCACGAAACCAAGAUCGAGCGAGAGAUCCAAAACUUGAUGAAGGAAAUGCGACAGUGGCGGGUCUUUAACUCGGCGCAGUGGGUGGCAUGGGGUAUCGUGCAAGCGAAAGCCCCCGGCAUGGAGGAGGGAAUCGCAGCCGACGAGGCUGAUGCGCAGAGCGGCCAGGACGACUCGGCGACGGAGACGGAACGCACCCACUCAACCGGGUCGUCCGUCACGGAAGCCGAGGCGGAAGAGUCGGACGAGUUCGAUUACCUGGCGUAUGCGCAGGACCGCGCCAUGUUUUUCUGGGCGGAUCUGCUGUCGAUGAAGCUGGUGCGCGAGGACGAGCUGCCUGCAGCUUUGGUCGAACAGAUCAAGUCUCGGGUCAUCGAGUAUUAG